GCUUCCUCAGGGGUGUAAUGAGCGGUAACAAAACUUGUUUUACUACAUUUCUCCUGCGUUUGCGAUUCCGAUUAAUGCAUGUCUGGUUCUAGACCCAGGGUUCGAAUGGCCUAGCCCUUGCCAUAAAUGCGAUACACUUUAUCCAUCUAAUCUGAUCUAACGUUCUAGUAGAGUCACAAAUUCAGGAGUCUGCGAAUGUAUAUCGGACAAAAAUAUUGCAUCAUCGCAGACCACAAUGCUUUCUACUCCCACAUUCAUAUCUCCUGCACUUGCCAGAGACUUACAAGAUUGCAGGAAGACUUGCCUGAAUAUACUCAUGGCAUUUCUAGCUCUUCAGUCGAUGUCAGGAUCCAAAGGUCUUUUAGUGGCUACCCUCACGCUGAUACUAUAUACCAUCAGUCUGCACAUCACUGCUAGCGCGCCGGGUGCCUCUCACCUCGGAGCAGUAAUUUUUGGAAUUUUGCAUGCAAUCCCAGCGGUCGGAAUUCUCGCCGUGACGUCAGUAGAAUUGGCGUUUGCGGCAAAAUCACCAGCAGUGGCUAUUUCUAUCAUCAUAUUUUGUUUCCUCCCUACGAUGAUUGCGAUUUCUCAGUACUUCCGUAUGCGGUACAUGGAGGCAAUGAUAGAUCAGCUCCCGAUGACCGUUCCCCGGGACCUCCCAUUAGAGCCGGCGUGAAUGAGGCUCAGUGAUAGUCAUUCCCCAUUGCAUGUUCCAAAUUAUCCCUUCCCGACUAGGAGGAUCAUAACGAAACAAUAGUGAUUUAU